CCGAGAGCCCAAGGCUACCGACUAACGUUUCUGGAAGGAGCAGUCAAGUCCAUUAUCCCCAAAUUUCAACCCACUUCCCAAAGCCAAGGGACUACUGUUUCAAAUCAUCAUGGCUUCUGCUUCACAGAAAUGCAAAUUCACUUCAGACUCCAUAUACUAUAACCUUUGUGACACGGAAAAGCCUUGGGGGAUUGUCCUAGAGACACUUGCAGCAGCUGGAAUUGUGACCUCGAUUGCUUUCAUGUUGUCUCUUCUUAUUCUCAUCUGCAAGGUCCAGGACUCCAGUCGCAGAAAAGUCCUUCCCACCCAGUUUCUCUUUCUCUUAGGUGUGUUGGGUAUCUUUGGUCUUACCUUUGCUUUCAUCAUCAAGCUCAAUGACAUGACCGGUCCCACUCGAUUCUUUCUCUUCGGAGUGCUCUUUGCCCUCUGCUUCUCUUGUCUACUUGCACAUACAUUCACCUUGGCCAAGUUGGUCCGAGGGAAGAAGCCCCUCUCAUUACUGAUGACUCUAGGCUUGGCCUUGGGCUUCAGCUUGAUUCAGGACAUCAUUGCUGUUGAGUACGUUGUCAUCACCAUGAACAGGACCAAUACUUUUGUUUUUACUGAAAUGCCAAGGCCCCAACUCAACGAAGAUUUUGUAAUGUUGCUGAUCUAUGUCCUCUUUUUGAUGGCUUUCACCUUCACCAUGUCUUUAUCCACCUUCUGCGGUUCCUUUUCCGGUUGGAAGCGACAUGGUGCACACAUCUACGUGACCAUGCUUUUCUCCAUCGCCAUCUGGGUAGCCUGGAUUACUUUGCUUUUACGUGACGCCUUCGACCCAAUUUGGGAUGAUACCAUCCUCAGCACUGCCUUGGUUGCCAACGGCUGGGUCUUCCUCUUAAUGUACAUUUUGCCUGAGUUUAUCCUCCUCACCAAGCAACGUAACCCAAGAGACUACCCUGUGGAAGACAACCUUUGUAAACCUCAAUUCAUGAAACAGAGCUAUGGCAUGGAGAACAGAGCCUACUUGCAAGAGGAAAUUACUCAAGGUCCUGAAAGUCCUGGCAGCACCCUCUAUGCUCCGUACUCUACGCAUUUUCAGCUGCAGAGUCGGGAUUCUCAAAAGGAUUUCUCAAUUCCACGACCCAAGACCCGAUCAAGCCCCUAUGAUAAUUAUGGUGGAAGGAAAGAAGGCAAUUAAUGUCACCAUGCCAAAUGAGAAGAUAAAUACAAAACAGCAGCAGAAACAGCUGAAGGGUUUACAAAGAAAUGGGAUAAGCCCCAAAUAUGCCAAAGAAACUGACUUAACAGUGGGGGUUGUGGGAAAAUCUCCCUGUCUCCUAGCUUCAACUUUCUCCCAACUCUUGGAAAGAAGGGGGUAAACCAGGCUGAUGUUCUGGUCAAUGUUGUAUAUUUCUUUCCCUGGUCCCCACCCCAAAGUAUUUUCUUUCACAAGUAGUUUUUUUCAACUCAGGAUUAGAAUGUCCAGCUAGGUGAGGGAGGUCCCCAUUUCAGUAUAUGUGUGACCUCCAUUUUGGUCAUUCUGAAUGCAUAUUUUUGGUUCAUUGAGCUUUAUAAAUCCAACUCAUUCUUCUCAGGCAGAUUGCCUAGCUGUUUUUGUGGUGAUCCAUGGCCUUUGUGAAAGAACAGGAUCAAAAAACUGAGACUAAACCACCAAGGACCAAAACCAGCCAUCCCAAUUCAUUCUUGCCUUAAUUUACCCCUGCCACUCCCUCAACCAAACUCCCUUAUGUUUUUCUUUCUCUAAGGGCACAAUGGACUUCCCCUGCCACUCUAGAUUUAGCAAUCUCCACAGACCUGCUCAAUAUACCGAUCUCUUCUUUUCCUUGGCAUUAUUUCAAAGGCCAAACCCUCCAUUUGUUUUCCAUUAAAUUCCAAGUCUAAAUUUUAUCUGGAAUUCCCCUUCCAGAUGUCUCUUGCUUGAAUAAGCCUGAUGCUCUUUUCUCAGAAGAAUUUGCUCUGUUUUGGAAGCAAAGCUGAGGCACUGACUCUCAUUCCUAAAACCUAAUUGCGCAUCCUCUGUAAAUAGUCUAAUAUUGCCUUUAACCCUCCCUGUUCAGUACAUGUGUGGUUAGUGUUUACUAAUGUAGGUAGACUUCCAUUAUAUAUAAUAAGUUAUUGAUCAUUUAUCAUAUGGAAUGAAUAAUAAAAAGUGAGUUAGUAACUGAAGUCAUUUAUUCUCCAUCCCUUCCAUGAUUAGAGCAAGUUGUGGGGAUUAUCUAUUUUGGAAGCUAAAACAAACCGUUGAUCAACUUUGGGCAAGAAUAUGAUGGAUCUGAAUCCAGCAGAGAGAAGCUGCAUCUUCCUUCCUCCUCUCCACAUUUGGGACAUGAGUGUCUUCCCCAGUGAAGUGAUCAGAAUAAUUCUUUCUAGCAAAGUGGGUAGCCAGUUUGUAUAAAGCCAGGAUAGCCAUUGGAUUAUCAUGCUUUUUAGGGAAUAAGAACUAAACCCUAGCCUAAGCCAUAUGGAGUUCUCCUACCAAUGUACAGCUUUAAUAUUUCUGGCUAAAAAAAAGGGAUGGAAAGAAGAGAGAUUAGGGCUGGGUAAUAUACUGUUUAGUACUAUUUUAGGUUCUAUUGCUCCUUUAUCAUCCUCUUACAAGAAGGAUUAUCUAUGUCUAGAUGUAUAUGCAGGGUUUAUCAGGAGACCAUUGUUUUUAAUAAUUCUAAUGUAGCAAGUAUUCUAUGAGAACAAUAUUCCAGAGUCUGAUUGGUUAUAUCUCCCAUCAACUUUCUAGGGUUACCCUUUUGACUCGAGUUUCCACUGGUUUUUUUUCCUACUCUUGGUUACCAGUGUCUAAUAGUCAAUUUGUAUUUGUCUAUUCAAUAUAAAUUAGCUUCUAGAAAGGAAUAUUUAUUUUGAAGAUAUAGCAAGUACAAAAGUACAAAUAUUUGCCCCUAUAUUUUGUGGACAUAUUCUCCCUUAUAUCACCUUGGUCUCUGGAAAGAAAGGGCUCAAAAUUAGCAAUUUCUAUAUAACAUCACUCCUGCCAAGUUCAUGUUCAGAGGUGGCAAUUCAAAUGCUGAUAUGAUAGGCUGAAUUUCUGAAGAACUCAUUUCUUGUGAUAUUAAUGCUGGGCAGGCUGCAAAACCCAAAAUUGAUUCGAAUUCCUGGAUUUACAUAUUCCUGGACUCCCUAGAUUCCCAGAUGCUUGUUCUCCUGACCUUUAAAACUCAGAAGGCUACAACCUCCAGAUUCAUCUCCUUUACUUAAAUGAAAAAUAAAAUAAUGAAACAGGCAAGGUACUGAUAUCUAUAUUCACAGAGACUCCCAAGGCUCUUGAGUCGGGGUCCUAAGCCAUAUCCAUCAGAGUUUAAGGAAAUUAGUGGUGAAGUUUGUGGUGGUAGUUUAAUUCAUGUAGCUCAUGCUACAUCAGGGUUUCAUGAUGCUUCUGCUAGGCUGGUUUGUCUACUCUGGGGAUGACAGUAAGUAGGGAUGGUUGACUUCCUUUCCACAGGAGUUAUUUGCUUGGAUGAUAGCUAUGAGAAUUGGUUUGGAAGCAAGACUGAUGGUUUGCACUAUAUAUCUCUCAGAUUGACUAAAAUGACAAGAAAAGAUAAUGAUGAAUGUUGGAGGGAAGUGGGAAAACUGGAACAUAAUGCUUCUUGGU